ACGUUCCCUAUCCGGGGUGGCCAAGUUGGCUUUGCGGCGAUUGGAUUUACUCUGCGAACGGUGCCAGGUAGCAGCCAAUUGCUAUACCCUUCCCAUGAUAUGAGUGUUAGACUCAAUUGGAAAUAUCUUGGUAAACGGAGAAGAGAGGGUCCAGCAACGAUCAUGCGGAUGCAGAGAUUUUUGCCAGAGAUGAACCGCUUCAUCACGACGCUGACUUCUGCUUACGACAUCUCCCAGCAAAACGUCCGCGUAGGGAUAAUCGCUGUCGGAAGUGACGAAAAAGGCGCGGCGACGGUUGCAAACUUCAAAGCUAUCGACUCAUAUGGUGCUUUGGUUUACUAUAUAAACUUUGUCAAAGAAGAAUAUGCGGAUUUCAAACAUGACGGCCAAGCGCUUGAGGAAGCAUUUUCAAUUGCUGCGCUCAGGGAAUUCAAGGAUUCCGGUUAUCGAACCAAUCUCAAGAAUCACGUCAUCGUUUACGUCACAGCUACUACG